UAUUUGGUCGUCACAGACAAUAGAAUUAACGUCUAAAUUCUGAUUACACAAGUUAGAUUAUAAAAAGUUGUGCACUUUGCUAACUCAGACUGUCCGUGGCCGUUAGAAACAAUGUCGAAAGAUGAGACGCUUUCAACAACAAGUACGUCUACAAUUACCGACGAGAACAAUAAAUCAAGUUCUAAAGUUAUUACAGAAGAAAAUGCAGAUUUCGAAACAGCAAUAUCAGCCACCGGUUUCGGCCUUUUCAACUUAAUUCUAGUGGCAGUUUCAAUUCCUUCGAUAUUAGCGUCACAACUUGAAACAUCCUCCCUCUCUUACGUGUUUCCUGUCGCUAGGUGCGACUUAGACAUAUCUCUAGAAGCGAGAGGAUUGCUAAAUGCAAUAGUUUACACAGGAAUGAUAACUAGUUGUUUCAUGUGGGGCUCAUUUAUAGACGUCUUCGGACGUCGAAAAAUCCUAGUUUUCACACACAUAGGCGGAGCUUUUUUCGUUUUAAUCACAACUUUUGCCCCCAAUUUUUACGUCUUGCUCGUUUCAAAAUUCCUGGGAGGGUUUACGGUGAAUGGUUUUUCAAUGGCCUUAACGCCCUAUUUAUCUGAGUUUCACGGAACGCAAUAUAGGGCCAGUGUGCCUAUAAUAAUCGGACUUUUGUUUAGUAUUGCAAAUCUGUGUUUGCCACUUCUAGCAUGGUCCGUUUUACCGCUUGAUAUUAACUUUGGCAUUUUCGGAAGUUUUGAAUUUCAUGCCUGGAAUCUGUUCCUGUUUGUGACAACGUUUCCGACUCUAAUCGCCGGAGUUUUAUUUUUUCUAAUGCCUGAAAGUCCCAAAUAUCUGAUGUCGAAAGGAAACAACGAAGAUGCCUUACAAGUGUACCGGAAAAUAUUUAAACUGAACAAGAGACAACCUAAAGAAAAUUUUCCGUUCAAAUCUCUAAUAGACGAUAAGCAAAUUUUUCAAAAAAAGUACGGUGUGAGGGAGGCUUGGCAACAAAUAUCGCCGUUAUUUUCGUUGAAAUAUGCCGGAAGUUUAACGAUUGUUUGCCUAUUGCAACUGUUCUUAAUGAUGAGUAUCAACUCUUUACGCUUGUGGUUGCCCGAAAUUUUCCAAGUUAUUAACGACUAUGAGCAGGACCACAACAAGACAAUUUCUUUUUGCGAAAUGUUGGGUACAAUAAAACCCACCACUGACGAGGAAAGUGAUACUUGUUCAAUGAACUUUGAUAACUCUUCAGUUUACAUUAAUUCACUCUAUGUAGCUUUGUGUGCAAUAAUCGGCUGUGUUAUUAUCGCAAUUUUCAUUAAUAAAAUUGGGAAGAAAACUAUUUUAAUUUCUUUGGGACUCAUUGGUGGCAUAACGGUAGCUGCUAUCUAUUUUACGCCCAAUAGCUCAACUGCUUUGGGCCUUAUUUGUGUCUAUUUGAUGUGUAUAGGUAUUUCUCUAGAUACACUUAUUGCGGCAACUGUUGAUUUAUUUCCAACUUCCUUAAGGGGUUCAGCCCUUUCUGUGUCUUUCAUGUUUGGUAGAAUCGGUUCCGUUUUAGGCAAUUUAAUACUACCGAUACUUAUUCAAGCAGGUUGUGCGCCUACUUUUUUCACACUUGCAGGCUUUGUCAUAGGUUGCAUUAUACUUUCUGUUUUUAUACCAAAUACUGAGCACAAAGCAUUGGGUUAACCCCAUUUCAUGACUGUAAACACCAAAAACAAGAAGAAUAAAAGAACUGUUCUAAAACAAUAACAA